GAGUGAACUAAAUUCAUAAAGCGCGAAGAAAGUUAUUUAAAAAAAUCUAGUUGGCUUUUAUUUUAAACAACCAUGUGUUUAUAGAUUUCUUUAAAAAAAUUGCAGACGUUUAUAGAACACGGUGAACCGAGAUUAUGCGAUUUCUGCUCAGGACGUUUGACCCUCUAAAGACGCCGUACUUGUUCCAACGCAGCAGACUUUGGUUUGAAAGAGUUGUUAUCGCUCCUGAAAGAGCUGUCAGUAUGGAGGGCCAGCCCCUGUCAGCCCUGUCCUCCCCUGCUCUGGUGGUGGACGUUGACAAGGUGAAGACAAACGCCCAGAGGAUGAUCGAACGCUGUCAGGCACUGGGAGUCCAGCUUCGGCCACACAUGAAGACCCAUAAGACCCUUGAGUGUGCUGACUUGAUGACGGCUGGAUCACGAAGGUGCAUCGUGGUUUCCACCCUGGCAGAGGCCUGUUUCUAUGCUGAUCAUGGAUUUGAUGACAUCAUCUAUGCAUACUCUCUACCCUUUGACAAGAUAGAGCGAUGUGCAGCCCUGUCAGAGAAACUGGAUCUCUUCCAAGUGCUGUUGGACCAUCAUGACGCUCUGCAGCAACUCAAAAGGAGGCCCUUGAAAGAUGGUCAGCUGUGGCACGUCUGGCUGAAACUGGAUUGUGGCAAUGGGAGAGCUGGUGUCCUGCACUCAGAGCCUGAGGCACUCAGCCUGGCCCGGGCCAUCGCUGGGACAGAGGGCGUGGAGCUAACGGGGAUAUACGCUCACUGUGGAAACACCUACAGCUGCACAGGAGUGGAGCAAAUACAGGCCGUUGCCCAAGACACAACCAGCUGUGUCCUGCAAUUCAUGGAGAAACUGAAGGCGGUCGGCAUCACCUGUAAGUCCAGCAUUGGCUCCACUCCUUCUUGUAGCCAUCCGGUCCAAGACAUGUCAAAACUAAGUGAGGUGCAUCCUGGAAACUACAUCUUCUAUGAUGUGCAGCAGUCCAUGAUUGGCUCGUGUAGUCUGGAGGAUGUGGCUGUGAGGGUUCUGACAAGAGUCAUUGGACACUGUCCACAGAAGGACCAGCUCCUGAUCGACUGUGGGUGGAGUGCUAUUAGUUUGGAUGGAGCUGGAAAACUUCCCACUGGAUAUGCCAUCAUUGAAGGGCAUCCAGACCUGAAGUUGUCAUCAAUGACUCAGGAACAUGGAAGACUGGAGCCCAUCUCGGGUCAUCUGGACUACAGCAAAUACCCUCUUGGUACUUUGCUCUCGUUGAUCCCCCACCACUCCUGUGCGACAGCCAUGAUGCAUCCCGUGUAUCAUGUACACUCCAAGGGUCAUCUGCUGGGGACGUGGAACCCCACCCGUGGGUGGUGAAGCCUAAGUUUUGACCUGGAUGUUGUUAGAUGAAGAUACUUGUCCACCUAAAACAGCAUAUUUGUGGUUGAUUAGACUGGUGUCUGGAAAAAAAACAUAUCAGAGCCUGUUUUUAUGAGACUUUAACCAUUUUCUGAAUCGAUGUGUUGUAAAAUUGGCCAUGUUUGUUUUUACGUAAUGUUAUCUCUGUAAAUCAACGCAAAUUUAAAACAUUUGUUUUUGUCCAUUGUGUAGAUAAAUACAUUUCAGUGAGACGAGUUGUUUACUGAUUGUUUUAUUAAUAUCAUGAUCAUUCUUUCUGUCGCCGUUUAAAUGGUAGAAUUCUAGCCUUGAACACAUACAAAGGUUAUAUUUUAAUGGAACAUUUCUCACGUUUGAUUUUGUCCCCUUGACCCUCUUGUAUUAUCUCAAAGGUGAUGGCUCAAGGGUGGGGAAUUUGCUCUCCCAUGCGUGUGUUGCUGGUUCAAACCAGUGACUUAGAAAUAAUGGAAAAUAACGGCUUGACACCAUCUAUCAGGAUUUGAUCAGCAGUCUCCUCUCCUAUUUAGGGACAAUCGAAGAGACAUAAAAAUGUGUAACAUUGAGCUGCUGUGUCGCCCUGACCCUAAACCCUACUGUUAUUUAAUGCUGAUGUUGUUUCAGUGAUAACGUAGUUUGUUUUUAAAGCUCAGUCAUUUCAGUUUUUAUUUUAAAACAAUAUAAUAGGAAUUAUCAACCAGAACAAACCCAAACUUAUGAGCGAGCGUAUUUCCCUGCCUCGCCCCAUGAGAUCUCCGAGGAAGACAUAAAAAGGAAUAACAUCCAGAAGAUUAAAGGAGGAAUUUAGAUCCACAUAAAGGAGAUUUUAUACAUGGUGGAUUGUAUUCAUACAGAAUUGAAGAUGUUCUUGUCAAAAAAGUGCAGAUAUUGUCUUGUGUAAAACUGUAUCAACUAAAUUUUUGUAGUGAAAGGUGAAAAAAUAAACUGUUUCAACGAGCAAAAGUGAA